UCAUCGCCAACCACAGAUUGACCCGGAGAAACCCAAACCAACACCGAUACGCAACAGAUACCAACACAACAUAGAGAGAAAAUUAGAACGAAAAAACAAACAAUGAACACAAUUCCUGGAUCAAAGGGAAAAAGCGACGCGAACUACCCACAGAAACGAGGGACGUGAGAUGGCAAAGAAAACCCACUCUGAUGAACAGAGAAACUGCAACGUUGAAAGGAGCAGAGACCUCCACAGGGAGAGGAAGUGAAGGAAAAGGGGAACCAGAGCAUUGUUCUUUCAACAAUAUCUGGCCCUAUAUUCAUAGUAUAAAAAAGCAGCAUAAAGCUCACGUACAAAACAAGACACGCAAGUCUACAUAUGCGGACGCUAUAUAUUUGACAGAAUCGGAUCUAUACCAAAUAAAAAAGCACAAAUAUUUGCAAUAGUGAUGAAACCCAAACUGAUCCAAUUCAAAAAUAAAAUAUAAUUGAGGGCGUAACACUUCUGUAUAAUAAUCAUACAAUUUCGGAAAACGUAUUGAAACUAAUACUGCCCGACGAAGAGAUAUCAGAGACCGGAGGGUACGACGAUAUGGGUGUGGUGGACUGGGUCUGAUCUGAUGGGGGUGGUGCAGUGGGAAUGAAGAAACCUGCCUGGCGCGCAUGGCCGAUCACUCUUGGGGGAGAGACACUUGACAGAGAAGAUUGGGAUGUUAAAGAGUUUUUCCAAAGGAUGCAACAAUGGCAUCAAGACCUCUCGCCACAAUCUACUCAAAGCUCCUCUCUCGAAUGCCUGUAGGUGCUCUCCGCACCUUAGCUCCUUCCUACUCCAAUUCCGAAUCAGGUAUUCGGACGAACUAUUCGGAUUCGAACUCCCGCUCCAAACAGCUUCGUCACGCCGGAGGUAAGAAAAACAGAGCGUUCAAUCGAUUUUUGAAACCGAAGCAAGGGUUGAAGCUGUGGGUUGCGGACAACUCUCUCCACACCAAGGCAGUGGAAGAGGUGGACGAUGAUCCUCUGUCCGCGGAGGUGUACCGGAGGAGUUACUACGGCAACAUCUAUCUCCCUCAGAGCCGCUACAAUAUGGGAAAGAUCGUGAUGGAGCUCAAGAACAUUGUGUUCAACAGGAAGCCGCAAAUGAUGACGAGGAACACUUGUGACAGCCGGCGAUGGUUUACUAGUUGUAUUGAUGCCGAUAAAGAUGCAGCCAAUGUUGAGAGUAAUGCCUUUUCUACUAAUGAAGCUGGUGAUGCAAUCAACGGAACUCUUCAUCGUAUGGUGCGUGCCAUUUACAUCAAGGAAGGAAAGUUUCCAAACUUUGACAAUUUAAUCGCAGAUUUAGUAUCUUUUAUCAAGGAAGGACAGUUUCAAAACUUCGACAUGUUAAUUGGAUUUUGUCAAACCCAACAUCUUUUUUUUGAACAGAAGCACAACAUAAUAUUAGAAAAUUAUGGGUUGUACAAAAUGGUUAACAGUGAUUGGCAUGUGGCUGGGGUUUCCAAGUCGAGAUACAUGUCGAUAGACAGCUUCAUGUGGUGGUUCCUCAGGAUUCCUAAUGAGUACAAAAAAUGGAUUUAUAAUUACAUGUUCAAGCAGCAAAUUUAUGUUAUUGAGAGUUGUCCGGCGAAUUUACUAACACACUAUACAACUUUCCAUUGUUGGGAUGCGCCACCCGAUGAAUUUUACAAGUUAAACAUUUCUGGGUUUUUUAAGGAAACUCUUGGUGGGACCAAAGAAGCUUCUUGUGGAGAAGUAUUAAGGGAUUUUAGGGGAAGGAUUUUGGAAAUUUUCCAUAAGCCACUUCCUGAUGCGACAUCUAGAGAUGAAGUAGUCUUACUUGGAGUGCAUCAUGGGAUAGAUGAGAUACUCCAAAAGAGAUCAGAAGCGAAGAAAAUAAUAUUGGGGAUUGACCAUAAAAAAAUUUUCAAGGUGCUACGUCGUGAGGAGCGUAUACCAAAGGAAUAUUUUGAACUUUAUCACAAAAUUUUUCAUAUGUUGUUACAAUUUGAUGACUAUGACAUAUUGUUUCAAUAUCCUCAAGAAAACGUUGUAGCCAAUAGAGUUGCAUAUAUAGCUUCGAGUCUGACCGUGGGACAGAGUUAGGCGACAGACGUUUUGAAACACAAGUCAGGCACGAUCAACAAUGUAUUCCAUAUUAUGAGAUCCUCCCAGAAGGAAUAGUUGGAGUUUUGGAAUGUUCCGAUCAGGAAUCCGAUCGGGAAUCAUACUAUAAUGAAUUGUCCUAUUUGCAAUGGUGCCGUUAUGAGAAUUCGUUCUAUGAUGAAUUGUCCGAUGAGGAUCCUGAAGUCGGCACCUAGACCUAUCCUAGCAUACGUUUGACAGAGAGGAGCAAUUUGCAUGUGGUGUUCAGAAGGCGGCGACACUGGUUGAACUGGUUUUAGGGGCGAAUGGUAUUUUGCUGUCAGUUGACCGGUGGUAAUGAUAGCAAAAACUGGGCAAAUAGCACAAACGUGUUUAAAAGUUGGAUCCUGACAAUGAUGAUCACGUUCAAGAAUGGAAUAUUUAAAAAUGCAGUGACAAAAAGUGUUCUCCACAAACUUUCCUGAAAAGUAGUUUUAUGCUUGCGGAACUCUUAAUGCUUUCUCCAAUUUUUGUAACUUGCAUUCACAACGAUGUUGCUUAUACUUUAAUGUCUAUUUAAUGACUAGUUUUUAGCCGCAUCAGUGUUCCCAAUGUUAAUGUUAAUUUGUACUGUAUGUGGAACGUCCCAUUAUAAAUUUGUACUCUAAACAAUGAUUAGAAUUGGUGUUGUUGACCUUUACGACAAAAAUAUUCUAAGGAAUAAGAAUUUUGUUUUUAGGGGUUAUAAUUUAAGUCACACAGUGGUCUGUAUAUUAAGUUUA